AGUGCGCCAGUCCGCCCCGCAGCCCCACAGUAUAGUAACGUCACCGUCAUGGCGGUCCUGUGCUCUGCGUUGCCUUACAUCUUGGAUAACCCCUGAACGAGGUGGUGUGUAAGGGGUAGCGUAACCGAAGACCGGCGGAAACAGCCGACCAUGCCCGAACAGAGUAAUGAUUACCGGGUGGUCGUCUUCGGGGCUGGUGGGGUCGGCAAGAGUUCCCUGGUUCUACGGUUCGUGAAAGGGACUUUCAGAGAGUCCUACAUCCCCACCAUAGAGGACACCUACCGACAGGUAAUAAGCUGCAACAAGAACAUCUGUACUCUUCAGAUCACCGACACCACUGGGUCUCACCAGUUCCCUGCUAUGCAGCGACUCUCUAUAUCCAAGGGACAUGCGUUCAUCCUCGUGUACUCCGUCACGUCUCGCCAGUCGUUGGAGGAGCUCAGGCCGAUCUGGGAGGUGAUCAGAGAGACCAAGGGCCCCAACGAGCUGCAGUCCAUCCCUGUGAUGCUGGUGGGCAACAAGUGUGACGAGAACGAAAACCGAGAGGUGUCAGUGGCGGAGGGGGAGGCGGAGGCGCAGAGGUGGGGAUGUCACUUCAUGGAGACAUCCGCCAAGACCAACCACAACGUCAAGGAGCUCUUUCAGGAACUCCUCAACCUAGAGAAGAAUCGCAACAUUUCUCUUCAACUGGAGAAGAAGUCCCAACUAAAAGGCACCAAGAAAAUAAGAGAAAAGUGCUCCAUUAUGUAAAAUACGUUGGAAGAAAACAACUUAUUCUAGCUUUAAUUAGAGUAAUUUAAUAUUUAAUACUUACCUACCUAUUAUAGUGUAAUGUUGAGGUAUGAAAUGAAGAAGUUGGUAUUAAUUGUUACACUGUGCUUGAUUAUUGCAGACAAGUAAUCAACAUAAACACGACAAAUAUUUUAAUUUGUUAUGCCAUCCAUAGGUUUGUUACCAACAGUACAAAGUAUUAUAACACCAUGACAAUAGCUCAACAAAUUUAUUUUAUUAUUAAAAAGGAAGAGUAAAGGAUAUUCUGUGAUGUAAUUUGUCAAGGAGUGGCUCAGGAGAGAAUACUGUGAAUCACCAAUCAAGCUUGAAGGAAACAUAUUGCUCGGAAUAAAAUAAUCCAAAUAAUAUCUAUACAUUUCUUCUAUACAUGUAGAAAAUGUACCUAACACAGAACCAUAAAAACAAUUUAGUGUAAACUAAAUAUUUAACUAUACAUAUAUUAACACGACAGUUCUAGGAAGGGGCCUCAAAAGAAUGUGAUUUUUUAAAAUAAAUUUUGCUGAUAAUAUUUUAUAAUUACAACUUUCCGAGACAGAAUUUUAAAAUUUAAAAACCCUUUUCAAUAUUUAGCCUUUUAAUUGUAUUGCAAAGGUGCUGCAUAUCUGUCCAAAUCUGAGAGCCUAUUGAAGAAACUCAAAUGAUGCCUGUUUCAAAAAAGGUGCCCUGUAGAAAGAGGGCUCGGUAAAUUUACCAGACUCCAGCUGAUACUGCUGGACUCUAGAUGAUUUUACCGAUCUCUUUCUGUAAAGAAUGACUUUCUUGUCUACUAAGAAAUUAAAAAGCAGUUGUUUACUUAAUUGGGUGGUAAAAAAAUUAAAACUGAUCUAAACUAUAUUAGUAGAAAAGUGAUUGAUUCUAUUGAAUCUGGCUUUGUGAUGGUAGUUCAUCAGUAGGCCUAGUCUUGGGCUCAAGCUAGACGUUGUUGGUCCGAGACCAGCCAACCACACUAUCUUACCUUUGUGGCUACCACUGGCUCGACAAUUUAUCAUAUAACAAAACAAAACUUCACUGUAUUUACACCACGACACAGACCAAUAUACUUUAGUAACAGGCAAUUGGGAUUACUAUACAAAAAUAUUAGAACUAAUUAACUAAAGACCAAUUAUUAUAUUAUUUGGUUUAAUAUCUGUGAUUUAAAUGCAGUAAUCAUCUAUGUUUGGCUAAAUGAAGACUACUUUAUAAACUUAUUUCACACACAAAACACCAUGUGUACUUUUAAAACCAACUUCUUCACUUAGGUACAAAGAGUGUGCAUUGUUGUUGAGAAUUAGACCAUUGUUAAGCAUAGUGUUUAAAAGCCGCAUAAUUACAUUUUUUCUGCCUGUUUGUGUCAUGUUUUGUACAGAUAGCCAAGGUUUUAAAUUGUUAGUGUUUGUAAAUAUGUAAUAAAAAGAGUAUUAGUAUUUAAUAAAAAAUAAUUAACUACUGUAUUUGUUAGAUUUUAUGUAAAUAUUAAAAAAGUUGUUUUGCAUUUUAAAUGUGAACCUCGUUGUAUAGGGAAGUCUGUUUUUGUGAUCUAAAACCUAAGCAGUUUUCAAGAUUACUAUUUUUUUUAAGUAUUCGACCCUAUUCUUAAAAUACCUUUGCUCUUACAUUCAAUAUUAUAAGUAUUAGAACUAAAGACAAUAUACAAUACCUCCUCAAUAAUAUUUCAAACUCUGUCAUUUAAAAAUGUACUACUUUCAAUUACAAUUAACAACAUUGAUCAUUUAGGACCCAAAUUACAGUACUAUAUUAAUUUUGCAACGGUUGCACAUUGUUGAAAGAAGUAUCGCUGAAUCAUUAAUAUUUCACUUUUACCAGUGAUAUAGGUAGCCUAUAUAGUAUACUGUAUUGGUUUUUAUUUUUAGUGCACCAAAAUAUCGUACAGAACUUAAUAGACAAAAUUACAAAUACUUUUUUAAACGGCAAGGUAGUACAAAAUUCCCUUCUUACCACAAAAUAAAACUCAAAUUUAAAUUUUAUCUUUUUGACUAAAACAGUGUAGUUUGGAUUAUGUGGUGAUGUGUAAAUCAUUCCCAAACAAAUUUCCAUCUGGACCAAGGCUUUUCUUUUUAUACAAAUUAAUGUAAAGCGAUCAGUACUAGGAAUUAUAUGUUCUCAAAACGUGUUUAAAGGGAACUAUAUUAUACAAGGAAAGAAAAAGUUAAGGUUAUCCAAGGACUGUAUACUGUUUUCUCAGUGUAUAAAAGACAUUUUAGGAAUUUUAUAAAAUUACAAAUUUGGACUUUAAUAAUCAACGCCUCAAAUAGGCUACAACCUUGGUGAUCAAAACCAGGCUUGGUGUUUUAUUACAUAAGAAUCAUACUUUCUUACUAGCUUUCUUAUGGCUUUUGUGAUUUACUUGUAGAAUACAAAAACUCUUAACAUUAUUUUCAAUAAAAUAUAACUACCUAAUGAUCCUACAAGUAUCUGUGAACUCUCCACAAAUUAAUUAGUUACGAAUAUACAUCUAAAUAGUUGUGGUUUCAGGAGUAAAUAAUUCCCCAUAUUGCAUUAAACGAUUAAACACAUUGCCCAUAAAGUGAAACAUAUGUUAAAUUAUGUGAUUGACAAUUGGUGACAUGGAAAAAUUAUGAUCUAACGUAACGCCUUGCACUUCUUUACCUCGGUUGUCACUGGUCCUGAGGAAAUGAUUUCACUGUACAAUCUGUAUUUGAUUAAUCUUAAAACCAUUUACUAAAUUUUACCUCUCCCUAACGGUUUGCGGUACUGUACUUGUUCUAUCUGCUUAACUCAAACUUUCAUCAAUUCUAUUUUGAUUAGCUUAAAGACUUGACUGUUCUUUAAAUCUAUCUUUUAUGCGACUCAAAUUAACAAUAAGCAAUGAAUAGACACGUGUGCCUGCCCACAAAAUGUUAAAAAGUAAAAAUUCUGACCAAUGUUGAGAUAUUUAACAUGACUGUAUUUAUAUUAUUUUUGUUUGGAUUCAAAUCUUGUAAUUUUGUGAUAGGCCAUUGAUUGGUUUAGUGAUAGAUGACUUGAUUAAAUGUAAACUAAAACUUAAAAAUUAACAUAGAUUUACUUACCGUACUAUAUUAAUGUAAGAAAGAUAUUUGUUGUAUUCAAAUAGACUUGACAAUUGUUCAACUGUUUACAAAUUGUUUAAAAAAUAACAAGCUGUUCGAAAUACAACGACAUAGCUCUAAAGACAGGCUGAAUGUUUGUAGCAUAUGAAAGGCUGAACUUCAUUGAAUCGUUAAUGUUUAUUUCAUACAUAUACUGCACUAGUUUAUCUGUGUUGUCUCAGUUUUCAACAUUUAAGUUAUCAAAAAUAAAAUAUUUACCUAUCUUAGGUAGGAACAUCUUGGGAUAUUGUUACCAUGUAAUCCAUACUUAUAAGUUGUAAUUUUUUUACUGUCUUGUAGACCCUAGUGAGCGUUAAUUCCUGACAAAAGUAUGUAUAUAUAGAAUACAUCAUUUACUUGCUCAAUAGAAGAAGGUUAAGUUGUAUUUUUUACUGCCUUAUAGGUUUAAAACUGAAUUAUACAAUCAAUCUACCCUAAUUAUAUUUAUUUAAUGGAUUGGAGUGUAAGAAACAUGACUAACGAUAUUACUUUACAAGUGUAUAGCUGAGUUUUUAAAUAAAGUCUUUUACUUGAUAUAUACACUCUCCACAUAUUAAAUCAUAAAAUAUUCCAAUGAAAAUAAGAAUGUAUUAUUCUGAAAUAGUUCAAAAUGAUUCAGAAUUUUCUAUAUAGGUAAUAUAAAAUAAUAUCGGAUAAAAUUCUAUCCAAUAAAACAACGUUAAAAGUAUAAAUAACACGACAAAAUGCAAAAUGAGUAUAAUAACUUACUGCAUCCUUAAACCACAGUAGAUAUUUUUAAGAUUCACAAUGUUUUUUAUUUUACAAAAGUAAAAAUUGACUUUUAUUAAUUGAUUCCUUACUGUGUAUGUUUAAAUGUGAGUUAUAGAUGCCCAGCAACAUGUAGAUUGUGCAGGUUUAAGUAUCUACUUCUUCUGCUUGUUUACUAUUAGUCCCAAAGUAUUGCUUUUCCUUUGUCAGUCCAACCAAAGACUAAAGAGUACACAGUAGAAAGUCGAUAUCCGAAACAAUUAGGGAUUGGUGUUCGGAUGACUGGGUUUUCCGGAUAAUCUGUCAUUGACAGUGAAAAUAAGAUGCAUUAUUUUUACUUUGGUUUAAAACAUAUAAAUCCAUUUUGAAUGUACUUUUUACUUGUUUUGAUUGUAGCGACAUCCGUGAGCAUAUCUUGCGGUCCCGGUGCCACCGUUGAUCAUCUCUUGCGAUCGCGACAACGCGUGUGAUCAGCCUUUGGUUUUAAGCAACGUUUCGGACAAUCGGCCUUUGGAUAAGUGACUAUACUGUACUCUCUUAGGUCCAACCCAAUAAAUGAAUGUAGGUAUCUAACGGUGUGAAAUAUAUACAUAAUUUGAGAAAAGUUAGAAAUUAUAUGAGAAUCUGGGCAUCUUAAGCACAAAAAACAGGCACAGCUAUUGAGAAAAGAACUUCUAUUUCACUUUCCAUCAUUAGUUGUUUUAUAUUGGAAUGCAAAGGAAAUACUUAUCGUUUAGCAAUACCAUAGACAAAAGAAUUAAAUAUAGACUGAUAAAGGAAGGUUCGAUAGAGCAUGCUCAGUGGCUUGAUUUGCUGCUGUGGUCCACUCACCGUCUGCUUCCAGCACUACCACCCUUGCAAACGAAAUGUUACCAACGUAUCAAAAUAUGGGUUAAGUACAAAAUUCUGAAAUCCUGUAAUAUUAACGGAAAAGACUAUUUUGUUUUUAAAUCCCCGGAAAUUUUUUAAACUUGGGAAAAUACUGGAACAAAUUCCUACUCCCUGGAUGUCGUGGAAUACUUCAGAAGUUGGCAGCCCUGGCUCCAACUACUAACUUGUCAUGGCAACGCUCGCUAGCGCUUGACGCUGCAGCGGAGUACACCAAAACAAUAUGGCAUUCCUAGCGGUGGAUGCCAGAAUAUAUGCUAACCGCAGCACUGUUGUCGGUCAAUAAUACUGACUCAAUAUUUAAUCCCUUUGUCUAUGGCAAUAUCAUUUCAGUCUGGUAUAUUAGAAGACUAUCAAUUUGAAUCCAUUUAUCAUUCAUGCAUAAGUAGCAUCAGUUGUUCUAAGCUGAGCAUUCUUAUGAAUCCCAUCAAACCUCAGAUACAUAAAAAUUCAACUGUUUUGAGGUGCUAAAUUUUACGAUUAGUGUUUUUUUUUUCUUUUGAUAUCAACAAAGAUUCCUUUGAUUAAUUGAAACAUAGCAUAUUGGAAUUUCCGUAGUUGACAUAUCAAUGGCUUUGGGUAGAGAGUAAGAACAGCAUGUCUCAGCUAGCUUAGUGAUGCUUCGGUAGCCUUUAUUAUAGCUUAAGGAAGAUUUUUCAAAACAAAAGUGCUUCUAGCUGUUUGUCGAUAGCACAAUUUGCAGCUGUUUAUUAUUGAUGUGUAAAUUAUUAUUGAUUAAUGUUUCAUUAUAAAUGCAAUACUUGUUAAUAUUGAUUACCAUAAAGAUGAACACUGUUUUUAUUGAUUUGGGAAAAUUUAUUGACUGCAGAAGAUAUUUGUGAAAUUGAGUUAUUUUUAUCUAAAAAAUUGAAUUGUAUGAAGUUAUACCAAUAAAAGCAGAAAACGU